UUUGGCUUUUCAUCAAGCAUAGGUUUCAACGAUAUCAACCGAUGAGUUCGUCGGCGAUAUCUAUACCUCUGUUGUUAUGGCGUAAUUCUGUUCAACGUCUUUGAAAUUUUCACUAAAACGAUUACAGAACACAGAUCUACUGCAGUCCUGAAGUUCGUCGCAUAGGAAGGUUCUUCUUCGAAAACUGUUCUCUCUUAUUGGUAGAUCCAUUGGUGGAGCACGUUACGUGUAUAUUGAAAAUCAAAAAAAAAAUCCUUCAAGACGAAUGGGUAAAGAAUGCGUAGAAGCUGUAGAGUUACGAAUGGGUCAAGUUCUACAGUGAAGACGAAGAUUCUGUGGUCGUCAGUUCAGGUGAUGAUGGUAGAGUUCGAGGAUGGAAAUUGAGACAAUUUGCUGACUAUACCCAGAACAAUGUCAAGCCAGGCUUUGGUACAAAACAUAUUUUUUGGUGCGGACUCUCGUUCAGUAAAGGAACCACCGAAGUAUCCAAGACAAUGCUCAUUUGUUGAGGUUCUAGGCCUCCAUUGGUAUUCAUCAUCGAGUUUUCACACACAACCUGAGACAUGGUUUUGUCGUUUUGAGGAAGAAGGAUCAGCAAAUUACAUUGCCAGCUCAACAGCUCUCCACGCAGAGUUAGAUUCAUAAGCCCCGCAAAGAAACAGAGGGACAUGUGAAACCAGGGACAUAUAUAAAAGACCAGGGAAAGAGAUGUUGAAAGAGAAUGAAGUAGGAGUAAUGAAGAUGGAAAAGAAGAGAACAAUUCUUUCAUAUUUUUGUCAUAUUACACGGUUAGUAAUCACCUCCCUAUUGAAACUAAUUCAUAAAUUGAAAAAAAAGUAGGAACUUUGGUUUUUUAUUGAUAUAUAUUGUAUUUAGGUGGUUAGUAAUUUUUAUAAAAUGAUUAUUGGUAGAUUAUUGAUAUCGUAAUUGCUUUUAAAUUUUUGUAAUCCUGUUUUGAUUAGUUUAGAUUUAUUUUGCAUCGACUCAAUUAUUUACACAUUACUAUAUUUUUUUUGGAAGUGAAUACAUAAUUAGUUUGUUAAUAUGUUCUUUAAUUUUGAUAUUGUGAGGUACAUUUUAUGAUGCUCAAAUAUGGUGGAACAAAAAACAACCAAAACAGAAGUGUGUGGAAUGAUAUUGGAGGUGGGGACAAUCGAGUACCAGUAAUGAAGAUGGUAAAGAAGAUCAAACACAAUGUCUACAUGAGAACACACAUGGCUACGCCAAGUCUACCUACAAACUUUGAAGAUACUACUUGGGAUAAUCUCCAGUCAGCUAUCAGAGCUAUAUUCCUCAAACAGCCCUUUUCUUUUGACCUCGAGAGGCUUUACCAGGCUGUUGAUAACCUUUGCUUGCAUAAGCUGGAAGGAAAGCUUUACCAACGGAUUGAGAAGGAGUGCGAAGAACACAUCUCUGUAGCUUUACAGUCGUUGGUUGGGCAAGACACCGAUCUGUCUGUUUUCUUGUCUCUCGUUGAGAAAUGCUGGCAAGAUUUCUGUGACCAGAUGCUUAUGAUCCGUAGUAUAGCCUUGUCUUUGGAUAGGAAGUAUGUGAUACAGAACCCAAAUGUACGUUCCUUAUGGGAGAUGGGCCUGCAGCUUUUCCGGAAGCAUCUUUCUCUGUCCCCUGAUGUUGAGCAGAAGACAGUUACUGCUCUCUUAAGAAUGAUUGAAAAGGAAAGGUUAGCCGAAGCUGUUAAUAGGACUUUACUAAGCCAUCUCUUAAAGAUGUUUACUGCACUGGGAAUAUAUACUGAGAGCUUUGAAAAACAUUUCCUUGAAUGCACUUCUGAAUUUUAUGCUGCUGAAGGAAUGAAGUAUAUGCAGCAGUAUGACGUUCCUGAGUACCUGAAGCAUGUCGAGGGAAGGUUGCAUGAAGAGAAUGAAAGAUGCAUACUAUACAUAGAUCCAUCGACCAGGAAACCCUUGAUAUCAACUAUUGAAAAGCAACUUCUUGAGCGUCAUACAAUUGGUAUCCUUGAUAAGGGAUUCACACCAUUAAUGGAUGGACGUCGUACUGAGGACCUCCAGAGGAUGUACACCCUGUUUUCUAGGGUCAAUGCACUUGAGUCUUUGAGGCAAGCGCUUAGUUCCUACAUUCGGAAAACUGGGCAGAAGAUUGUUAUGGAUGAAGAAAAAGAUAAAGAUAUGGUACAGUCACUAUUGGACUUCAAGGCUUCUCUUGACAUAGUAUGGGAAGAGAGCUAUUGCAAGAAUGAAUCAUUUGGCAACACCAUCAAAGAUUCGUUUGAGCAUCUGAUAAACCUUCGCCAGAAUCGUCCAGCUGAACUUAUAGCCAAAUUUUUAGACGAGAAGCUCCGUGCUGGGAAUAAGGGUACUUCUGAAGAAGAAUUGGAGAAUACCCUUGAAAAAGUCUUGGUUUUGUUUAGAUUUAUCCAGGGUAAAGAUGUGUUCGAGGCAUUCUAUAAAAAGGAUCUUGCAAAGAGACUCUUGUUAGGAAAGAGCGCUUCAAUUGAUGCUGAGAAAUCCAUGAUCUCUAAGCUCAAGACUGAGUGCGGUAGCCAGUUUACAAACAAGCUCGAAGGGAUGUUCAAGGAUAUUGAACUGUCAAAGGAAAUCAAUGAGUCAUUCAAACAAUCGUCUCAGGCCAGAACAAAACUGCCAUCGGGAAUUGAGUUGAGUGUCCACGUUUUAACCACAGGGUACUGGCCAACAUAUCCACCUAUGGAUGUUAAACUUCCUCAUGAAUUGAAUGUCUAUCAGGAUAUCUUCAAAGAGUUCUAUUUGAGCAAGUACAGUGGAAGGAGGUUAAUGUGGCAAAAUUCAUUAGGUCACUGUGUUUUGAAGGCAGAUUUCACCAAAGCUAAAAAGGAGCUUGCUGUUUCCCUUUUUCAGGCUGUUGUGUUGAUGUUAUUCAACGAUGCAAUGAAACUUAGCUUUGAAGACAUUAAAGACUCCACCGGCAUAGAGGACAAGGAACUGAGGAGGACUCUCCAGUCGCUUGCCUGUGGAAAAGUUCGUAUCCUGCAUAAGUAUCCAAAGGGAAGAGACGUGCAAGACGGCGAUGAAUUUGAUUUUAAUGACACCUUUACAGCUCCUCUCUAUCGCAUUAAGGUGAAUGCGAUCCAGAUGAAAGAGACGGUAGAAGAGAACACGAGUACAACAGAGAGAGUAUUCCAAGACCGACAAUACCAGAUUGAUGCAGCCAUUGUUCGGAUAAUGAAGACAAGAAAAGUCUUAAGCCAUACUCUUCUAAUCACUGAGCUCUUCCAACAGCUGAAAUUCCCAAUAAAACCGGCUGAUCUGAAGAAGAGGAUCGAAAGCCUGAUCGAUCGGGAGUACUUGGAGAGGGACAAGAGCAACCCUCAGAUAUAUAAUUACCUUGCUUAGUAAUCGCAUCCAUCUGUUUAACGCCUUUUCGAUUUUUCUUUCAAUUUUUAUUUCUUCUCUGUAUAUUUAUUCCACAAACAAUGGCCGACAUUAUCUUCUUCAAUCUGAGAAAAAAGAACUCGAGAUUCCGAUUU